AUGUCUAGAGUACUUGUCGGAGUUAAAAGAGUGAUUGAUUAUGCUGUUAAGAUAAGGGUCAAAUCUGACAAAACAGGGGUUGUCACAGACGGGGUUAAACAUUCAAUGAAUCCUUUUGAUGAAAUAGCCGUUGAAGAAGCUGUCAGAAUGAAAGAAAAAAAAUUAGCCUCAGAAGUUAUUGCAGUUUCAUGUGGUCCAGCAAAUGCUCAGGAUGUCAUACGUACAGCAUUAGCAAUGGGUGCUGAUAGAGGAAUACAUGUUGAAAUGGCACAAAAUGAAUAUGAGCAAAUGCAACCAUUACAUGUGUCAAAAAUAUUAGCCAAAUUGGCUACUGAUGAAAAAGCAGAUCUUGUCAUUGUAGGAAAGCAAGCCAUUGAUGACGAUUGCAAUCAAACGGCACAAAUGAUUGCUGCUUUAUUAGAAUGGCCACAGGGAACUUUUUGCUCAAAAGUAGAUGUAAAUGGAAAAGAAGUAUCAAUCACUAGAGAAAUCGAUGGAGGAUUAGAACAAAUAAAAUUAAAUGCACCUGCUGUUUUAAGUGCAGACUUGAGGUUAAAUGAACCAAGAUAUGCAACUCUACCGAAUAUAAUGAAAGCGAAAAAGAAACCAUUAAAGAAAGUAGCUGCAAAAGAUUUAGGUGUCGAUUUAACUUCUAGAAUAGAAGUUUUAAGUGUUGAAGAUCCCCCUGUCAGACAAGGUGGAUCACUCGUUGAAAAUGUUGAUGAAUUACUUGGAAAACUCAAAGAAGGCGGUUAUGUUAAAUAA